AUGGGUAUUGGUUUUAGAAACUGUAGUACAAACAAUUAUAUUUACUAUUAUGCAAAAUAUGGUUACAUAUAUAACGAGAAAUGUGAAAUCUUUAAACUUUCACCAUUCUCUUGGAAUAAUAACGAUACUUUUGGUUGUGGAUUAGUUUAUCCUCCAACUAAUAUGGCGAAUCAAUUGCCUUAUAUUUUUUUCACACAAAAUGGAGAACAAAUUGGUAAAGGUUUAUUAUUAAAGGACAAUUUCGAUUCAUAUAAACCUCGUGUUUGGCUGUAUUGUUGUUCUGGUGAAGCUAAUUUUGGAAAUAAUUUGGAAGCCAAACCAUUUGAAUACGCCGUUUCAAGUCAUUUAAUUUUUAAAGAAUUUUAUUGA